CCUCAAACCCUAGUUCUGAAAACGAGUGGUAUAAAGUCUUCUCUUCCUCCAUUUCUCAUCCUUUAGCGCUCCAUCACACAGAGAGAGGGGGAGGAGAGAGAAGAACUCGUGGAAAUGGUGUCUUUGAAGCUUCAGAAACGGCUCGCCGCCGAUAUCCUCAACUGUGGUCGCGGCAAGGUUUGGCUUGAUCCUAAUGAAAUCAAUGAAAUCUCUUUGGCCAAUUCUCGUCAAAACAUCAGGAAGCUGGCUAAGGAUGGUUUCAUUAUCAGGAAGCCUACCAAGAUUCACUCAAGGUCUCGUGCUCGCCGUAUGAAGGAGGCCAAAAGGAAGGGUCGUCACUCAGGAUAUGGUAAGCGUAAGGGUACCAGGGAGGCGAGGCUUCCAACAAAGGUAUUGUGGAUGAGGAGGAUGAGAGUUCUUAGGAGGUUGCUCCGCAAGUAUAGGGAGUCAAAGAAAAUUGACAAGCACAUGUACCACGAUAUGUACAUGAAGGUCAAGGGUAAUGUUUUCAAGAACAAGAGAGUAUUGAUGGAGAGCAUCCACAAGACCAAGGCUGAGAAGGCUAGAGACAAGACCUUGUCCGACCAAUUUGAGGCUAAGCGUGCCAAGAACAAAGCUAGCAGGGAGAGAAAAUUAGCCAGGAGAGAAGAGCGUUUGGCAAAGGGACCAGGUGCUGAUAUUGCACCCGCACAACCUGUUGCUGCUGCUCCUUCCAAGCCACAGGCCACGAAGAAAGCAAAGAAGUAAAGGGACAGUGAUGGGAUUUGACAAGGAAGCUUAGGGUUUGAUCUACCUAGACCUUGUUAUUUUGUUAGCGUAGUUUUUUUUGCAGCUGAUGUUUUGUUGAUCUUGUUAUGUUAUGACUGAGAUAGAGAUGUGCGUGAUAAAAUCAUAAUACUGAGUUGGGAUUGUAUUACUUUCUUUUAUAUGUUAAAUUGGAGGUUUGGUGUUUGGA